GGGGAACAUAAGGGCUCUGGACAGUGUUGUUUGACAGAUAGAGGGUGAUGUGAUAAGGUUUUAGUAAACACAAGCAGAGCUAAGGUUCUCCUCUGUCCAGUUGAUUGCAGUGCUGUACAUGGAGACAUGGAGCUCCUAAGGAAAACUCUGAUACUGCUUUUUGUUCUAGUCCUUUACACCAUUUCUUCAGGGUUCUCCAUGGAUAUUUGUUCCAAUACCAUUUUACCUGGAUCUAAAGGGGAUCCCGGUGAGGUGGGAGAUGCAGGAGAUGAAGGACGACUUGGGAAAACCGGAGCUCCAGGACACACAGGCUUCCCGGGGGAGAGCGGAGAGAAGGGAGAUACUGGGCGAACGGGGAAAUCGGGUCCCGCUGGAGAAAGAGGAGAAACAGGGGAGAAAGGAAGCACUGGAUCCUUAGGGUUGAAGGGGAAAGCAGGGUCUACAUGUGACUGUGGGAGGUACAGGAAAGUGGUUGGACAAAUGGACAUCAACAUCAACAAAUUAAAAAAUUCUGUCAAGUUCCUGAAAAAUGUGAUUCUGGGUGUUAAAGAGACAGAGCAGAAGGUUUACCUGCUGGUGAAGGAGGAGCGUAAACACAGUGAUGCUCAGUUAAACUGCAGGCUGAGAGGUGGAGCACUGGCUCUGGCUGACAGCAAAAACAUCAGCACACUUCUUGGUUCCUAUAUCAACGAGGCAGGGCUCACUCAUGUUCUUGUUGGAACAGGAGGAGAAUCAGAGCUUUUGGGAAACACUACAGUUUCAGCUCACAGGUGCACUCAGGUGGCACCUGACGGUGCUCUGAGCGAGGCCCAGUGUGAUGCCCAGAAGUUUUACAUUUGUGAGUUCUCCAGGAACUAAACAUAAGAAAUUAGUUCUUUAAAAGUUCUUUAGAUCUUUAUAAGUUCUUGGAAGUUUCUUUGAUAGCAAAACAUUGUGUUUUUAAAGAACUUCUCAAUUUCUAAAGUGAGAAAAUGAGAAUGUGGUAACUUCAUUAAUAUGCCCCAGUAGUUCAUAAUUCUGCUAAUAUUUCUAAAAACAUUCAUAUGUUUUUAUCAUUAUUAUUAGGUCACAGAGAAAUGUUAAGAAAUUGUAUUAAAUUGCCUAAUAUUUUUUAAGUAUC